AUGACAUCGACCGACAAAGAGCGCGUCGCAAAACAGACCGCUGAGUACUUGAUGCAGCUUCAUGAGCUUCGCUCGGACCGACUGGAAAGCAUCAGUGGGCAGCCAAUCUACUCAGCCUUUCUUUUUCCGAAUGGCUAUGGCAUUGGACACGGGCCUUUUUCAUCUGAUGAUGAGUUAUGGGCUGAGAUGUCGUUGGCCUUAGCUCAAGUGCCAGAGCAAGUUCGAUCGAAAUUGCGUCGGCGGAUGCCAGCUGCGGCUCCUUAUACCUUUACUCACGGCGACCUGACCAACGUCAAUAUCAUUGUCGAGAAUGAUAACCUGGCAGGGAUUCUGGACUGGGAAUCUUCGGCCUUUUUCCCUGUUUGUGGGAAUUUACCUGUGCGGGAAUUGGCCUGGGGCAAGAUGAUAAAGAAUGGAAAGACUUGCUUUGCACACAUCUACCGGAUCAUACUGAGGCCCGCAAUUUUGGGUUGGAUUUCUUUGCAUUGCGCAACUAUCCUAAGUUGA